UUUUGUGCUUGAUGGCCUGGGAGGGGGCAGGUGUGAUUGCGCGAUGCAGUGGAGAGAGAGAGAGAGAGAGAGAGAGAGAGAUAUGCUGUUGAUAACUCGGGUUGUGUGUGUGUUUUUUUUCUGUGCUCUGAUUGACGAUGUGUGCGGGGUUUUUAGCUUGUCCACUGUCGGCUGAAGUGUUAUUUAGUCGUGGGUUUGUAGCGAGCUGCAACUUCUAGUCCGAAUCUUGGUCCUGAGUGGGUUGUAGUGGUUUUAACUGCGUUCCAGGGUGCGAAGCUAGAAUUGGAGUUCAUCUAAAAGUUGGUUGAUUCGUCAAGAUGGUGAAGGAUAAGGAGUACUAUAAUGUUCUCGGAGUAUCACCCGAGGCUACACCGGCCGAAAUCAAAAAAGCCUAUUAUGUGAAGGCAAGACUGGUGCAUCCCGAUAAGAAUCCCAACAAUCCUGAAGCUGCUAAGAACUUCCAGAUCUUGGGUGAGGCAUACCAAAUCCUCAGUGACCCAGAGAAAAGAGCGUCUUACGACAAGCUUGGGAAAGUGGGCGUGUCUCAAGAGGCGAUGGUAGAUCCAGCAGCAAUUUUUGGCAUGCUGUUUGGUAGCGAUGCUUUUGAAGAGUAUAUUGGUCAGUUGGCAAUCGCGGCAAUGACUGGAAUGGAAAUGGGUGGUGGUAGUCAACCGGUAGAUGUAGGGCAACUCCAAGCUAAGUUUAAGGGGAUUCAAAAAGAGAGAGAGGAUAAGCUUGUCCAGAAUUUGCUUCAGCGACUUGAAACCUAUGUCAGUGGGGACAAGCUGGAAUUUGUCGAGCGGGCCACAAAAGAGAGGGAAAGGCUUAAAGAGAAUUCUUUUGGAGAACCCAUGUUGCAGACAAUUGGAUAUGUGUAUCAGAGGCAAGCUGCUAAAGAGCUUGGGAAGAACGUUUACUUCUUGGGAGUGCCAUUCUUGACGGAGUGGUUUCGUAGCAAAGGCCAUUUCAUCAAAUCUCAUGUUACCGCUGCCUCAGGUGCUGUUCAUUUAAUGCAGUUACAAACGAACUUGAAAAGACAAAUUGAGGAAGGAAAGAUGGAGCAGGGAGUCGAGGCGUAUCUUGAAUCUAACAAAGAUGUGAUGGUUGAUAAUUUGUGGAAGCUUAAUGUAGCUGAUAUCGAGAAUACGCUUACACGCGUAUGCCAACGGGUUUUGCACGAUCCACUUGUACCCAGGGAGGUUGCCCUGAACCGUGCAAAGGCGCUCAAGAAGUUGGGAGCAAUUUUUCAGGGGUCAAAGCCGCAAAAACUUGUUGCUCAAACAGGAGAUCAGAGUGGUUCCCCAAGGACUGUCAAUAGUCCUCCCGGUGAUCAUGCAGACAAUACAAGAUCUUAUUCCAAGUUCUUUUCCAAACCUUCUGGAUAUGCUUCCACUACGAAUCCCAGCUUGAAUACUUGGCCUACCCCAGCAGCUCCUGCAGGAGUGAAGCCUGGACCAUCGUCUGGAGCGGGACCUCUUUGAGUCUACGUAGUGUUCUGUAAUCUUGUUGGUAGAGGUACUGUGAAUAAUUUUAACGUUUUAUUAAACUCAGAUUAUUCAGUUUGGGCUAAAAAUCAAGGCGUUCUGUAGAAGCAUGACGCAUGUACUCUGUAAACAUAUGCAUUUCUAUUACCUGGUUCACUCCUUUGUCUUAUCUUUGUCGUAUCCGAGGGUCACACUUAAGCAGUAAAGACGACUAUUUUUGUGAAGAAUUUUUUUGUCGAGAUGCAUGCGAGGAGUAAUCGCAAAGUCAGAACGUGAUUUAGGCGACAGCCAUACUGUAUUCUGUUAUUGAUGAUAUACGAGUUUGUAUGCUCAACGUCA